AUGUCCUCCCAGGAUAUCCCUUCCAACGGCGACGACUUCGUUCCCCAGAUGGACCAGCUCAAGCUCGACGAUGGCGAGCGCCUCGGUCCAGACGGCGAGCCUGCACCUAAGACCGAGGAGGAGUACGCCCAGGCGCAGCUUACUCUUCGCGCCAUCGUUUCCUCUAAGGAGGCCGGUGUCAUCAUCGGCAAAGGAGGAAAGAACGUGGCUGACCUGAGGGACGAGACCGGCGUCAAGGCCGGCGUCAGCAAGGUUGUUCAGGGCGUCCACGACCGUGUUCUGACCAUUACUGGCGGCUGCGAAGCCAUCUCGCGCGCCUACGCGAUUGUCGCACAAGCCCUUCUCGAGGGUGCUCCUUCCCUCGGCAUGGGUGGCGUUCCCCAGAGCAAUGGCACCCAUCCCAUCAAGCUCCUCAUCUCGCACAACCAGAUGGGCACCAUCAUUGGUCGCCAGGGCUUGAAGAUCAAGCACAUUCAGGACGUCUCGGGUGUACGCAUGGUGGCACAGAAGGAGAUGCUCCCUCAGUCUACUGAGAGGAUCGUCGAGGUGCAGGGCACCCCCGAUGGCAUCAGAGCCGCCAUCUGGGAGAUCUCCAAAUGCCUCGUCGAUGAUUGGCAGCGUGGAACCGGCACCGUCCUGUACAACCCUGUCGUUCGUACCCAGCCUGGUAGCACCCCCGCUGUUGGCGGCACAAGCCCCAGCUACCCCUCUACCGGCGGCGGCCGGAGCCAAGAAUACAGCAGCCCUCGUGUCCUGCGCACCGGCAAUGGCGCCGAUUUCAGCAGCAACGGUGGUGGCCAGCGCCCCUACAGCCGUCGUUCCGACUCAGACGCUGCCUCCCGUGGACCUCCCACUCACGAUGAGAACGGCGAGGAACUGCAGACUCAGAACAUCAGCAUCCCCGCUGACAUGGUUGGCUGCAUCAUCGGCCGCGCCGGCAGCAAGAUUAGCGAGAUUCGCAAGACGUCUGGGGCUCGCAUCUCCAUUGCCAAGGCCCCCCAUGACGAGACUGGUGAGCGCAUGUUCACCAUUAUGGGCACCAGCAAGGCCAAUGAGUCGGCUCUCUUCCUCCUCUACGAGAACCUCGAGGCUGAGAAGAUGCGCCGUAGCCAGGCUCAGACCUCUGAGGCGAUAUCCAGAUCUGACUUGCCGCGAGGCUGCCCUAUAUGCUUGAUAGGGAGUGCGGAAAUCAUACGACGUCAUGACUUCUCCCUGAACUCAUCUCCCACGGACCUCUUGACUCUUUCAAACACGAAACCGUAUUCCUGGCCACACUCUCUCGUCCCUGCUCCCGAGGCUCGCUUUCCCAGCACCGGCCCUAGCUUCCCCGAUCGAAUCGAGCCUCGGCCUCCGCCUUCCGUAAUCCACCGUCCGUUUCUUUUCAUGGCUGCCCUGGUCACAGCUGCAACAAGCCCUCAACCUGACUCAACAACCGACCCUCGCAGGUGCACCGAAGACCGCCAUUCCGCAGGCUAUCGCUAUUCGCUGCCCGAGGAGCAGUUUGACUUCGCUGGCCUGUGUGGGACGUUCUCUCUCACGACGUGAUGAACAAAACACCACCUAACUCGAGAUACCUCUCAUACACCUUGGCUUCGGCAUCUUUAAUCGAACACUACACCCUGCUCCUUCUUUUCCUCUCACUUAUCCACCUGCGCGCGCACACAUCACAGACUCUCUCUCUACCUCUCUCUCUCCCUCUCUCUCGCUGUUACUACCUCAGACGGACACCCUGGACGUCUGUCUUUUUACCCCCAUGUGCCAACAUACCCAGAAAACCGGCCUCUCGCCUGAUCAAGCUCAUCAGAAUAUUGAUGCACCCUGGCUCUACCUUGUCGAGGCAUGCUCGGAUUUCCUCGACAAAUGGUGAGAUGGGAUUUAUUUAGCAGACAACGAGGAAGUACAAAACUUUG